CGCCUCCGUGGCAGAGAAACGGCGUGCCAAGUGGCGAGGUUCGGCGCUGGGCCCCCCGGCCGUAGUGCAGCAGAAGGGUUUAGAUGGGCCAGAUUCGGAGAUGGAACUGUGAGCUGCGGAGGCCCACGUCGUCACCGUAAGUUGGGCCGAGCCGCUCUCACUGCGCCUGAGGAAGGCCCGAACUGAAAUGUGUAGAGCGUGAGGACAGAAGCCCAGAAGCGUACAACAGUUUGACCCUUCAGUGAGUAACUGUGUACUGUCCCAGUGGUGUAUUCGUGGAUGCUGAAAGAACACUAGAACAACAGACCUCUGCCUAAAAAAAAUAGAAAUAAAUAAAGAACAGGCCUAUGUGAUUCUGUAGAGAGAAUCCGGCUGGACUAUACUCUGCGUUCAGAAGUUUCUGUGGAUAAAUAUGCACAAACAUUCAGCAAGUUGCAAUUGUUUCUGGCUAUUUCAGAAGUUUAUGUGGAUCAAAAUGGGGACGUGCCAAUCCUUUUUUACCAAAAUUUUGACUAUUUUAGAAUAAUAUUUAGGUGGACUAUUUUUAAACUCCAACCAAACGAGUGUGACAUUAUUAGCUUGCUCAAAUUUUAGCUGGGCAGACUCUGGUACCAAAUUAAUCAGGCUCUCAAUGGUAAAGAUAUUUUUACGAGACACUGCUGUCAAGAAAAAAAAACUGCCAAGUAGUAAUUCCGACCUCCGAAGUCCUAACUGCGCGCACGCCACUGUGGACAAAUAUCUAACCAAGCGGGGCCCACUGCAACAUGGUUACACGCCACCCGUGGUCAAGUGAGAAGAAUUUUUAUGAUUUCAAAAAAAAAAGUGAGAAGAAUUACCGCUUGUCAAAAUCCAACGUCCACGUCUGGAUCGACGGCUCUGAUCUAUCCAAGCAGCUCUUUCCCCGUGGAAAGUAUAUAACUUCCGUGCUCAAACGAGCCAACGGACCAGUACCAUCGCAACAUCACACUUCCUCCUGUGUGCCGGCGUGCCGCCAAACUUCACCGCUCGAAGCUCAAGAAUGGCGGCUUCCUCCAUCAGCUGCUGCCUCGGGCCUCUUGCUCCGCCCAAGGAAGCUGCUACUGCUGCCACUGCUGCUCGCAGGUCGUCGUCGGGCGUGCCAUCGUCGCUGCGCCGCGCGUGCGCCGCCGCCGCGGCGUGCGCCGUGAUGGGGAUGGCGUGCGGCGGCGGCGGCGGCGGCGACAUGGCCCUGGCCCUGGCGCUGGCGCGGGACGGCGCGGCCGCGUCGAGGACCGGCGACGUCGCCGCGGCCGUGGGCGUCCCGCGCGCGCAGGCGCGGUGGAGCAACCGCAGGCAGUGCCCGGCGUGGCGCGCCAACUCGCUGGAGAACGUCGUGCCGGAGAACCUGCCCCGCGCGUCCGCGCGCAAGACGUUCAGCAGCGUCUCGAUCUCGGCGGCGGCCCUGGCGCCCUCGCCGGACUUGGUGUUGCCUCCUUUCCUGUCGCCGCGCCCCGGGACGGGCUGCUUCUCCCUCUGACGAACGUUUUUCUUGAAACAGAUUAUUGCGAAAGUUAUUUGCCCCCACUCAUCGAUCAAUAGUUACUAGGGUGAUGGAUCUCGCCAUGUACAUUAAUUUUAUUUUUGCUGGCAAUAAUUCAUCAGUGUCGAUCGAUGGCCAAUGGAA